CCUCAAAAACCAAACUUUAUGGCUUGCCCUAGCCACAAUGGUUCAAACCAUGCCAUUUGUGUCCCUUCUUUUCGUUUGUUCCCUUCUUCUUAUUCCUCAUCUUUUUGGGUUCGUCAUGGCUCAAAACCAAAAGCCAGACACAGGAAGAGGUGGGAGUAUUGGGGUCAUCUUGGAUUUGGGCUCAAGAGUUGGAAAGGAGAUGAAAACUGCCAUGGAAAUGGCAGUAGAAGAUUUGCAGAGGUCAAAGUCUUCAUCAGUCCAAUUGCUUGUGCAAAUGAGGGACAGUCAUGGAGAUCCUCUUCAAGCCGGUUCUCAAGCCAUCGAUCUCUUCACCGACGAGAUCAUAGCCCUUGUUGCCGUGCCCACGUGGCCAGAAGCCGCUUUCGUUGCUCAACUCGCCACAAGAUCACAAAUACCCCUCGUAUCCCUCUCCGCUCCCGCACCGGGCCCACCAAGCUAUCCUUUCGUCCUCCACGUGUCAAACAACUAUUUGCUGGAGAUGCAGGCCAUAGCGGCCAUGAUCGCCUCCUAUGGCUGGAGGCGAGUCAACUUCAUCUACGACCUGCACUCGGGCGAUGUAAUACUCGCCUCACUAACUGAAGCACUCACAGCCGUCGGAUCUGAGAUCGAUCAACGUUCUGUCUUUCCGGAAUUGAAGUCGCUAUCCGAGUCACCAGAAAACGACAUCAAAGAAGAGCUCCAAAGACUGAAGGCGAGUCAAACGCGAGUCUUCGUGGUCCAUACCGCUUCUAUGGCCUUGGGCAGUCUCAUUUUCCGUGAGGCAAAGAAAAUGGGGAUGAUGGAGCAGGGAUAUGUGUGGAUUGUCACUGAUUCUCUCUCCUCUCUCCUCGAAUCCAUGAAUUCUUCUACAAUUUCUUCAAUGCAAGGGGUUCUUGGAGUCCGAUCGUUCUUCUCUGAAACUCAUGAAACUAGAGCUUUCUCUUUGCGGUUUCAAAGGCGGUUCUUGAUGGAGUAUCCAGAGGAAGAGUGUGGAAAACCUAGCAUCCAUGGGUUGAGAGCUUACGAUACAAUCAAGCUUCUAGCUCAAUCAAUGCAGAAGAGCACAGAAACUCGAAGAAAUCAUGGGUCUACCUUAUCUCCCAAAUAUGAGACACAGACUAUUUGGAAUCUUACCAUUUUUGAAGAGGGGCCAACAUUGUUAGCAGAGAUUAUAUCUACUGAGUCAAGAGGGCUAAGUGGGGAGAUUAUGUUCAGGAACACAGAGGUUCAGGGUUUAGGGGUUGUUGAAAUUGUGAAUGUGUUUGGAAAAAGUUACAUAGAGAAGGGGUUUUGGAGGCCUGAGCUUGGGUUCUGGAGAGAUGGAGAGCGCAACAGUAGCUCAAUGCAUGUCUUAGGGCAGGUGACUUUUCCUGGUCCCUCGUAUGUUACUCCAAAGGGCUGGGCGGAGCCUAGUGAUGGAAAGAAGAUGAGGAUUGGGGUGCCAAUAAAAAAGGGGUUUAAGCAAUUUGUUGAGAUAAAACACUAUAACGCGAGCAGUAGGAACGAGACAGAGGUGAUUGGGUUCGCAAUCGACGUUUUCGAGGAGGUUGUUAAGAGAUUGCCGUAUGCCUUACCCUAUGAGUUUGUGCCCUUCAAUGGAUCCUACGACGAACUAGUGGACCAGGUGUACGUCAAGCUUUAUCCAAAUUGUGUUUGGUUAUUUGGUCUUAUGAUGAUGAAGGACAUUGAUGCGGCGGUGGGAGACAUCACGAUUCUUAUGAAUCGUUCGGAGUAUGUGGAUUUCUCGCAACCAUUUGCAGAAUCAGGGAUAUCGAUGUUGGUGAAAUUGAAACCCAACAACUCAAAAAAGGCAUGGAUGUUUAUGAGACCCUUCACAAAAAAUAUGUGGCUGGUCACAGGGGCCAUCUUUAUAUACACGGGAAUCGCGGUAUGGUUCCUGGAACACAAGGUUAAUCCCGACUUCAGAGGCCCCUUUAAAAAACAAAUGGCUACCUUGCUCUGGUUUUCCUUCUCCACCCUCUUCUUUGCACACAGAGAGAGGCUGAGGAGUAAUUACGCAAGGGUAGUGUUGAUAGUAUGGCUGUUUGUGGUGUUGAUAUUAACCUCGAGCUACACUGCCAGCCUCAGCUCCAUGCUCACUGUUCAAAAACUCGAGCCUGCAGUCACAAGCAAACAACAAUUGUUGAGAAGUGGAGCCUCGGUGGGGUGCGAAAGAGACUCCUUCGUCUCCAGUUAUAUGAAAGAGGUGCUCCAAUUCGACCAACACAACAUAAAACCAUAUCAAUGGGAAGACGAAUUUUCUCAAACCUUGUCAAAUGAGACCAUAAUGGCUGCCUUUCUUGAAGUCCCAUACCUCAGGCUUCUUCUAUCCGAGAAGAAUUGCAAGGGCUUCACCACGGUUGGGCCAACUUACAAAACCGGGGGGUUCGGCUUCGUGUUUCCCCGUGGUUCUCCUUUGGUAGCAGACAUAUCGAAAGGGAUUCUAGAGAUAUCAGAGAGUGGAGAGAUGUUGCGGUUAGAAAACAAGUGGCUCCCAAUGACCCAAUGUUCAUCUUCAUCAACAAACAUUAAGAACGAAGACAGGCUCAGUCUCGCAAGCUUUUGGGGCCUUUUCCUCAUCACUGGAGGCAUAUCCACAUUUAUUCUUCUCUCAUUUCAUAUGCAUAGAUAUCUCAUGGGUAAAACAGAUGAAGGGGCAAGGGAAAGGAACCUCUGGAAACAUAUAUUGAUGGUUGCGCGACAUUUGGAUGCACAACAUGGAAAGGUGAUGGUAAUGGAAUUGACUCAAGGGGGCACCUCCGAUUUAGAAGCUAAUGAAGAUGCUAGGACACAUGCCAAUACUUCUAAUAGAUCAGACAGUGGAAAUUUAGAAGCUAAUGAAGAUGCUAGGACACAUGACAAUAUUUCUAAUAGAUCUGACAGUGGAAAUUUAGAAGCUAAUGAAGAUGCUAGAACACAAGACAACAUUUCAAAUAGCUCAUACAGUGGAAAUCUCGCAAACCACCCUGUUGUGCCACCAAGUUCGCCUGUUAAUUGAUGAUGUACUAUUUGUUUUGCUAACCAGUGGGGGGGGGAUUCUUCAUAGAUAUAAUGUAAAUGACUUUUCUUAGCUAGAAAGGCAUUAAGAUGCGGAAGACUUUCAUAGAUAGAAGUGUCAUAUUACUGUAUAUGAGUUGUACACCAUGCCUCUCGUAACAAUUUGUUUUUACCUACAAUACUGAAAGAACCACCAAAAGGUUUACGAUUUUUCUACCAA